AUGCUGGCUGAUACUGUCUCGAAAGCUCAAUCACCAGACAAUCCGAGCGAGAGAUUUCCCUUUGCCAAUCCGGCUCCGUCGAUCGACGUCGAUGUUUGGAACGCCGAUGUGAAUGCGACUUUAAAGCCAGCGACUGCCACCUCCUCUGCCAGACCACCAGCAGACGCCCGGGAACAUCCACCAACAAUUCUGCCCUCCCCCUCCAACAAUCCGGGGCUGUCGCCGGUGCCCAUAAUCGCACCUCCAGACCUUCAGUCGCAGCCGUUGAAUCUCUCGCCGCGCCUGCAUUCGGGCAACAGAUUGACCGACUCCAAGACGCACAACCGGCAGACCAGCAUCGUCCAUGGCAUCCAGCACUCGCGGAACGGGAGCUUUGCAAGUUCUUCGUCUAGUCCGCUCAGUCCUCAGAUGAUUGCAGCAGCAGGCGCAGACCGACCCAAUGCAUCCAAGAUGGGCGACCCAACCUUCGGAAAUUCCAUGUCGAGUGCGCUGUCCACCAUAUCCUCCGGCACCUCCUUCAGUUCGGCCACCACAUUCACCCCGGAUCGAGCGUCAGUUGCAACGUCGGACAGCAACUAUACCUUGACACAGAAGAGGGUAGAACCGAUGCACAGUGGAAGAAAUCGCAGGGAACAUAGCCACCACCCCUCCCAUUCCAGACACCAUCACAAGGAGGAGGUGAAGACGGUGGGAGAAUAUGCUUUACAUGUGUUGUUCACAUCCUUCAUUGCCCAGGCCGAAGAGAAGAUAAACCAAUGCAUCACUGUGCCUCUUGACCCCGAGCCUCAAAUAGAACAAAUAUGCGGCGCUGGCGUAGAUCCAACCUUCGAUCAACUGAUUUCCGCCCUCGGCCAUAUUGCAAGCCAAAAACCCAAGCCGCUGAUUGAUUCAAUGAUGCUGUGGCGCAAGAAUAAGAGUGAUGCGGCCAAUGAAGCACGUACCCAGCUUCAACAGUCUCGAAAUACUGUAACCCCCGGCCAAAUUUCUCGAAGGAAUACCGAACCUGUACAUAUGAUGCCGGAUCCUUCAGAUGCGGUCGCUGCUGGUAGUUUGCCUUCGAUUGCCGCGCGCCAAGAAUUUGUUGCCCAAGCUGAGCGCCGUUCGACUGCCUCGAUUUAUAUACUGUGUCGCGUGUUGAUAGAGGUGGUCGGCCAAAGCACGUUGACAUGCAUCACCCCCGAGAUGGAAGAGAAGCUGGAGGGCAUAAUUUUCGGCCAAUUGAAAAUUGCCGAUGUAGAACAGCUUAACAAUUCUUCCCUGAAAAUGUCCAAUUGGUUCCUCUUCAGCCAUCUCCUCGGGGUCAUGAGCGAGAUUAAUUUUGAGAGUGUUUCGGACCGCUUCAUUGCGGAUCUCGAGAAAUCCCAAAAGGAUUUGAUCGGGAAGAAUCCGGCGAAUAGGGAAGCGGAGGGAAGGAUGGAGCUGGUGCUAGGAGGAAUGAAGCACCUGCGCAUCAAGACAUAUCCAGAAGACGCAUGGGACCAAUCGUGUGAUUUUAUGAUAUCUCUUGGCCGUCUUUUUGGACGUUCUUCAGGUCAUCGUCUCAAGUAUGCUUAUUGCCAGGCUCUCGAGAUUCUUCUGCUCCCCGUUGCUGCAACAGCCAACACGGAAUUAAAUAUGCCAAAGUGGUCAGAAGUCCUCGCAACAAUUGGCCAGCGCCUCGCUCCAAUGUUUAUGAAACCUCGCCACUGGGCUGUUGCUUUUCCGUUGACAGCUACUAUGCUCUGCGUGUCUCCAGCGGAGGCCUUUUCCACCCAGUGGCUCCAGCUUGUAUUACCGCUGCAGUCUAAGCUCAAGGAUCGGUUUGUCCGCCCCAUAUGCUUGCAGGUCAUUUCCCGGUUGCUCUGGACGUAUCUCUAUCGUACUUCAGACACGCUCAAUGCUACGAUCAAGAAGCUCGAGGAGGUUAUGAGGCUGGUUUUGCCUUCUGGAAGAAGGACCUAUAUCUCUACCGAUCCAUCUAUUGCCGAACCACUUAUCCAGAUCAUACGAAUCAUUGGCUUCAAGCACCCAGACUUCUGUUUUCGGACAAUAGUCUUCCCUCUAAUCAACGCGGACCUCUUUGCGUCGAGCAGAGAAUUAAAGGAUUUUAAGGUAGAGCAGCUAGAACCGGAGAAGAUGGUUAUUGGGAUCCGAGCUUUCCUUGCGAUAAUGGCCGAUCUCGAAAGAGGGGAUCAAGGCCGCCCGCCAUUUCCACAGAAUUACCAGCCGUUGCCGACCUAUGACAGGAUGCCUACAUCUCCCAUAAUGACAGCACCGUGGAGUCCAGCUCGCCAUGUAUCACCAACGCCGAAAGAAGAGGACCGCCUAUCCCGCCCGGUUCUGACGAGUGCUAUCGGCGAUGUUGCUGGAGAAUAUUAUGCAAGAUUCUGCGAGAUUCUUGGAAAGAUUACCAUAAUUUGUGACAAUACUUUCGGUGGGCAAGCUGUCCUCGAUGAAAAGUUUAAUAGUCCUACGCUCAAGACGCCAAUUGCAGAGACCUUCAAUUUUGGGCGUCGCGAUGAUCAUCCAAGUCCAUCCGAACAGAAGCAAGGCUUCUAUGAGCUUCUCCAUGUUGCUGUGCAAGCAUUGCCUCGCUGUCUUUCCACCGACAUCCCUAUCAAAUCGUUAGUCAAUCUGUUGUGUACUGGAACGGCUCAUGUACAGUACAAUAUCGCGGAAUCGUCGUCCCAAUCACUAAAGUCGAUCGCUCGGCAAUCACAAGCACAACAAGUCACCAUCGGAUUUGCCAGGUUUAUUUUCAACUUUGAUGAUAGAUAUUCUACUAUGUCCGAAGGUGGUAUGCUUGGUCCUGGCCAUAUUGAGAGCACACUAAAGCUUUAUAUCGAGCUAUUGCAAAUUUGGAUCGAGGAAAUUAAGCACAAGACCAAAGAGGCUGCUGCGGACGCUUCAGAAGAUAGCAAUCCCGAGAAGCGUGGCAUGAAGUUGGAUCUCUCUGGGAUCUGGGCUCAGGUUGACGAGCUCGAGUCUCAUGGAUUGUUCUUCCUCUGCUCACAAUCUAGAAGAGUCCGGGCUUUUGCCGUCACAGUUUUGCGCCAUAUCACCGAAUUCGACACCGCGCUAGGCAAGGACAAUAGUCGGCUGAUCCACAUAUUAGAGGGUGAUUCUAUGCGUGUUAUGGACUUCAACGAUGAGCACCUCUCUGUAGCUGAGCGGAGUAGGUUGCAACGGGGAAUGCGCAAGAGCAAUUCCCAGAGUGCUUUGAUUGAGCUCUGCAGUAGUGAAAUAUCAUAUGAUACAACGCUGUGGUUCAAGAUAUUCCCGAAUCUAAUUCGGAUUAGCUAUGACCGCUGCCCAUUUGCUGUCACGCUCGCUAGGGAGCUAAUUUGCAACCGCAUCCUUCAGAUGUACCAAGGCAUUGCUACCUUGUCAGAGGCGACACGGGGUCCACAAUACGGAUCUUUCGAUCGAAUGCAACCAGGUAGUGGCCGCUUGCUUACAAGGACAUCCACCACGCCACCAGAGGUGUUGAUCGAGCAAUGGAAAUUAUAUUUGAUAGUUGCUUGCACGACGCUGUCUGAUAAGGGAGGCCAACAGCAGCCUUUACCGCAACCACAGCAUCUUCGGAAGACUUCAAAGCCAGCAAUUGUCCAAGGGAAAAUCACGUCCGCACGAACUUUAUUCAAAUAUAUCAUUCCCCUUCUCUCUGUUGGCCCUGCUUCAAUACGAGAUGCUGUUGUAGUCGCUCUAGGUUCCAUCAAUGUUAACAUAUAUAAAACCUUGCUGGAAGAGCUGCAAGCUGCGGUAGCUCGAUGUAACGAUGAUGCCAGGGCUCGAAUUCACCAGAGGACAGUGAGCAGUCCCAGAAGGAACCGAAAAACCGACCUGCUUAGGACCGAGAUUACUCAUGUCUAUCGUCUGACGUCGCCUUUUUUGAAGGAUCCGGAUGUAUAUCAGGAUGAUUGGAUAUUGAACAACUUAGUAGUCUACACGAAAGAUCUCAAGCUAUUUCUCAUGGAUGGCGAAGUCCAGAUGGAUUGGGAGUUUCAAAAGCUUCGCAGACAUUAUUGUGGGUUAAUGGAAGAGCUAUUCGAAGGAAUUAAUCGCACGAAGGAUCCUUCACGAUGGAUGACAUUUGAAUCCAGAAAGUCAUCGUUUUCGCUGAUGGAAGACUGGUGUGGGUAUUCUCCGAACCAGCCACAGAUCCGCCAAAGGGAAGAUAGCAUGAGGCAAUCUAUGAUAGAUCAACAGAGCCUGGGGGAACGGGGCACAGUGACUGCCGCGAUGGAAAUUGAGAAGCGGAACUUGCGAACUGCAGCACUUAGUGCCAUGGCAGCAUUAUGUGGUGGGCCGUUGAGCAUUACCACAGAAAGCAAAGCAAAUCUACAAUUCGAUAUCCGACGAAUGCUCGCCUGGAUCGAUACUAUAUUCAGUGUCGGAAGCGACCGAAUCCACGCCAUCGGCAGAAGGGCGCUGAACAACUUGAUUGUGCACAACCAGGACUUCACUUAUCUGCUCGAGCAUUCUAUCACGAAGUGCUACCUCGCGGAAGUGCCCAAGGUUCUAGAAAGUUAUUUUGAAGUCGUAACUCAGGUGCUUCUCGAACACCCAGAUUAUCCAAUGCCGUUUUGGAGGUUGUUAGGAAUCGGUCUAUACACCCUUGGCAGUGAGUUGAGCGAGAUUCGAUCCAAGGCAGCGCAUGUGCUACGAGCAUUAGAGGAGAGACAGCAGAAAAGCUCGAAGAUCCAGGACUAUGAUAUAAGCAUAUCCGACAAGACGAAAGCAGUCUACAAGCUUGCGCAGUUCGAGAUAUCGAAGCGUCUCUCAAAGCAGCAUUCAGAACUAGCUUUUCUCAUAUUUUCGGAAUUCACGGCGUACUUCAAGGACCUUCAGCCUGUUGCCCAACGUAACAUGGUUGCGGUUAUUCUUCCGUGGAUUCAACUUAUCGAGCUACAGCUUGACCCUAAUGGUGGACCGACGGCACAAUCAUAUGUCCUCCUUGCCAAUCUUUUCGAGAUUACCAUCAAGUCUAGCAGCGCUCUACACAAUGAGGUUCAAGCUCUGUGGCAGGCACUAGCAACCGGACCCCAUGCUGGAAAUGUGCAACUCGUGCUGGAUUUCAUCAUGUCCCUUUGCCUUGAUAGACGUGAGCAGAACUUCGUUGAGUAUGCGAAGCAGAUCGUAGUCUUCUUGUCGAGCACUCCAGCGGGCGUCAAGGUCGUUGAAUUCUUGUUGAUGCAAAUUACCCCUAAGGCAAUGAUCCCGAACGAGAAACGCGAGCUUGUCCCACCACCUCCCGAUUCAAUCAAAUUACCUUAUGUUGCAGAACUCUCCGAGGCGUUGCCGGUUGGGGCGAAGCAGGCUGGAUUUUCGCUCGGCCAAUUGUCGCUAAUUCUACUGGUUGACUUGAUGGUAUCACCUGUUCAGCUUGUGGCUGAGAAUGUCCCUCUGCUCCUUCAAGUUGUUACGGUGUUGUGGGAUCAUUAUAUCCCCCUGGUCCAAGAGCAAGCUCGGGAGAUGCUCAUCCAUCUUAUGCAUGAGCUGGUCAUCUCCAGGAUCGAUGACGAGAGCACUGUACCCUCGAAGAAGUCAAUCGAAGACUUCAUCGAGUCUAUCCGCCGGCAUGAUGCAAAUGUCAUCUGGUCAUAUGAAGAUAAUAAUGGUAAGGUCGAUGACCAAGAUAAUAAAGUCCCAGGAGGAAUGGAGGUCCUUACGACUGAAGUGGUGAAGAAUUUCGAGGUCACCUAUCCUGGUAUUCAGGAACAAUGGGGUAAAUUGUCGCUGACCUGGGCAACGUCGUGCCCCGUGAGGCAUCUUGCGUGCCGCUCAUUCCAGAUCUUCCGCUGCAUUCUGACGUCUCUCGAUCAACCCAUGUUGGCAGACAUGUUGGCUAGACUAUCAAAUACAAUCGCCGACGAUGAUUCCGAUGUUCAAACAUUUUCCAUGGAAAUAUUAACCACAUUAAAAACCAUUAUGUGCAAAUUGGAACCCGCAGAUCUACUGAACUUCCCGCAACUCUUUUGGACUACUUGCGCCUGUUUGGAUAGCGUCAAUGAGCGGGAGUUUUUGGAAGCGCUUGGGAUGCUAGAGGAAUUGUUGACGAAGCUUAAUCUGGGAGACCCUGCGGUGCGACUACGUCUUAUGGAAGGACAGCCUCCCAGAUGGGAAGGCCAUUUUGAGGGGCUUCAGCCACUGAUUUACAAGGGACUUCGUUCAUCGGUUUGCCUUGACUUGGCAAUGAAGACGGUUAAUGAGCUAGUACGGCUUCCCAGCGACGACCUCAUUGGGGAUAACAGCCGUUUGCUAUUCGCUGUUCUUGCAAAUUUCCCGAUAUUCCUCCACGCCAUGGAUCAAGAUAGCAUUGAUGCUACGAGCAUUAAGAAUGCCGGGAUCCUAGCUGAAGUAGCUGAAGCAUCGGGCUGCGGAACUAUUGCUCGAGCUUUGAGCGGGUUUGCAGCAUCCCGGUAUCGGUCGAGUAAGGACUUCUUGGCACAACUCGUGUCUGCUCUGCGUGACGCUUUCUUUCCUCAAUGGGAAUUUGGGAGUUUGACGUUCCUCAUGGGUCUCUUAACAAACAGCAUCCCGUGGUUCAAGCUCAAGACGAUGCGCAUACUCUGUGCUGUGAUCCCCGAUAUCGAUAUGCGCAAACCAGAAAUCGCAUCGCAUGGGCCUGACUUGAUAUCACCUCUCUUGAGACUGUUGCAGACAGAGUUCUGUAUGCAAGCCCUUGAGGUCCUAGAUCAGAUAAUGACUAUGGCGGGCACCUCGAUGGACAAGCAUCAUUUACGCAUGAGCAUGACACGGUCUUCGUCGAAGGCGAUUCGGAAGGAAUACGAACGCACGCAGAGUCUAUUUGGUAUCCCAGAGGAGUCAGGAUGGUCGAUACCGAUACCAGCCAAGUACGCGGAAACCACGAGGUCAAAUGUGCAUGCUGCAUUUUACAUGUGCCAGAGCGAAGAAAAUAUGAACGAGGCGCCUGUUUCAACUCCAGGCGUCGAAUUCCACGUCGAUGAUGACUUCCAAUAUGGGUAUUUCCCAGCCACGGAACGGACCGAAACCAUGAUGUCUGACGAGGGACGCGGAGACGGAAACAUUGGCGAUCUAGUAUUGAAGCUCGAUAGUCUCGAUGAGUUUUUCGAGGACAGUCUAGCAAGCCCAACAAGUGACGGGCGGUCAUCAAGAACUAUCACGGAAGCUGGAUUCUCAGGGGAAGCAUUCGAGUCCGGCGCCCAGCUCUACGACGAGCAGACUCUUCCUAUCCUCCACCAAUCGCUCGCCUCCACAUCCAGCGCUGCGUCGUUCCAAAACGGCUUCACAGAUAGAGUCUCGCCUGGUAGUCGUGAUGCGUCCUCCAACGCCAUGAACCCAGGCGCAUUCAAGCUCCCACCCUCCUCCUCGUCCCGUCCUAGCCUGCACUCCCGCUCCGUAACAUCCCCGUCAGCACCAUCCGCCUUCCAGAGUAACGUCACGAGCUACCUCUCAGACGACGACAACACCGAGGAAGUCUUCUCCGACGGCGACGACGAACGCGCCGUCGCCACGGGAGACGGCUCAUUCUUCCUCGAAAACAUGAUCAAACCCAUCGCGCAUGGCACUCGAUCCGGAAUGCGGCGAUUGACAGGCGGGCGAACAAAAGAUAGCGAACGCCUGCGCGAGAGCCUCCGGGCAGAUAGGAGGGCUCUUAGUCGUGGCCCGCAUAGUCCACGGGUACCAAAGGUGCCGACUGCAUAUUUGCAGCAGAGUGGUGGUUCGAAAUCUACCAGUCCCGGUGAAUAA